AUGUUUGCUGUUGUGCAUUCCAAAGGUGUCAAUAAUGAACUUGUGGAAAAUCUCCUUUUAGACCUGGAUAGGAAAUCAAAAGGUAUACUGGGGAAAGCCACGGAUUUGUCUACAAGGGGGCUUGAUCUUAUACUUGGCCCGGAAUGGUUGGAGACAUUAAGUGAAAUGCGGUUGUAUUGGAGGAUGACAAUGGGCUUUGAGAAAGAUGCUGAAGCAAUUUCAUUGGAGAAGUCCACUGUGUGGGUGACAGAUGGGGAAGUUGCUGAGUUUCUUUUGCCAAGUAUUUUCGUCAAUAUCACUGCAAGGAAGGAUCUGGAUAUCGAUCUUCACAGAUUGAUCUGUCUGCAGUUGAAGGAGCAUAUAUUUACAGAGUCAAAUAAGUUGAUGAAGUCAAUUCAAGUGGUUUUGAAUUGUCUUAAUGAACUUCGUAUGCGUCAUGUCAUGGAAAGAUCUUCAUUUGUGCCCUCAAAGCGUGAAGUUUCUAAGAAUUCAAGGCCUUCAAGUUAUAGUUCUAAAACCCGGUCCACUCCUGCAAAGGCAAGAGAAUCUGCAGUUGUUUCAAAUGCCUUCGCAAUGUCACCAUCAUCAUGGGAGAAAGUUUAUUGGAUCUCCAUCGACUAUCUUCUUAUUGCCAAGUUUGCAGCUUUGCCAGAUCAUAUUGAAAUUCUUGUUUCGGCAGUCACUAGAAUCAACGAACCUGAUAGCUUAUAUGGAAUUCUUCAGUCUCACAAGUUGACUUCUCAAAUAAUCACAUUUGAGCAUGAGGGAAACUGGGGGAAGGCCCUGGAGUAUUAUGACUUGCAAGUGCAGUCAGAUAACACAGUACAGAAAGAUGGCAGUUCUAGAAGUCUGCCGUUGAAACAAACAGGAUCAGCACAUCCUUCAUCUUUUGCAUCAGAGGCAAAUGAGAUGAGGCAGAGUAGACCUUACAAAGGGUUGAUUAGAUCAUUGCAGCAGAUUGGCUGCACACACGUGCUUGACAUGUAUUGCCGAGGCUUGACAUCAAGCAAGGAUCAGCAUCAGCAUGAUUUGGAGUUUACUGAGUUGCAAUUUGAAUCUGCCUGGCGCGCUGGGAAAUGGGAUUUCUCUUUACCAUGUGUAGGAACUAAUUUAUCUUUGACUUCAAAUAUCAAAUGUGAUCAUUUCAAUGAAAAUUUGCACAGUUGUUUAAGGGCACUUAAUGAGGGUGAUCGGAGUGAUUUCGACAGAAAACUAAGAGAUACGAAGCAGGAUCUUGUGUUAUCUGUUUCUCAUGCAAGUGAAGAGAGCACUGAGUACAUUUACUUGACUAUCAUCAAGCUCCAGGGCCUAAUACAUUUUCUGUGUCGCGUGAGUGAAGUUGGGGACCUGUUAACCCUCAUUGAUUACAAAGAUGGCCUAACUAUUCCUUAUAAGGCUUUGGACCCCUCCUUGGGAUUUCUCCUAAUCUUGGGUCUUCCUAGUCCUAUCAUAGAUCAUGCUCAAGAAGCUAAACUUAUGCUUUAUCAUCUUGGCAUGGCUUGGGAUUUACGCUGGAGAACUUGUCAAGAUAAUAGCACUAAGUUUUCUCUGCAGAAGCCAAAUUUUUCUUCAGAGCCUUUGACUCCUUCGAUUGAACAGGGAGGUAGGUUCUCUCAAGCAGCUUCUGCUUUGCAGGAGUUUAAACUCCUUUCUGUCCAAAACAAAGGACAAAGCUCAUCCUUAUAUUGGCUUGGACGGCUUGAAGAAGCAAAGCUUUUCCGUGCUCAAGGUCAAAAUGUGACGGCUAUCAACCUUGCAAUGUAUAUAUCACAGAAUUAUCACUCUAAUGAGGAGGCUUCAGAUGCAUUUCGGUUGAUUGGGAAAUGGCUGGCAGAAACCAGAUCUAGCAACUCAAGAACAAUUUUGGAAAAGUAUUUGAAACCUGCAGUCUCUAUUGCUGAGGAUGUUACUGUUACAGCUAAGAAUUCCAUGGAAAGGAAAUGCCAGACUCACUUUCAUCUUGCACACUAUGCUGAUGCUCUAUUUAGAAGCCAUGAAGAAAGGCUUAACUCAAAUGAAUGGCAAGCAGCAAUGCGUUUAAGAAAGCAUAAGACAGUAGAGUUGGAGGAACUCAUAAAGCGUGGGGAGAAAACUGACUACUCAAUGAAAAUCCAAGAAUUGCAAAAGCAAGUAGCAAUGGACAAGGAAGAAGCCCAGAAAUUGCAGGAUGACCGAGACAAUUUUCUUAGCCUGGCAUUGGAGGGAUAUAAGCGGUGUUUAGUCAUACAUGACAAGUAUGAUGUGAGAGUGUGGUUGAGGAAAAGGGGAAAGAAGUACUUACAUAGUAUACAAAACAAUAGAAUUUGUACACUUGCUAGUGAUGAAACAAUCCUUGAUCAAGAAGAGUGUGAAAGUACAUUUGGGAAGGAAUACAGGCCAUCAAAGCUGAGAAGAUCACAUAGCAUUGUGGUCAACCUGAGGUUGACAAUGAAGCAAGUGUUUCGAAUUGUUUCCUUGUGGUUUAGUCUAUCUUCACGAAAAGAUGUUGUAAAUAGCAUGCUUAGCACAAUUGAUGAGGUUCAAUCUUUCAAAUUUAUACCUUUAGUAUACCAAAUUGCCUCUAGAAUGGGUAACUCAAAGGAUGGUCAUGGCAAUCUCAAUUUCCAGUUUGCAUUGGUUUCUCUUGUGAAGAAAAUGGCCAUUGAUCAUCCAUAUCAUACGAUACUUCAACUUCUAGCUCUGGCAAAUGGUGACCGUAUCAGGGACAAACAGCGUAGUAGAAGUUCAUUUGUGGUGGAUAUGGACAAAAAACUUGCAGCAGAAAAUCUUCUAAAUGAGUUGUCAUCUUAUCAUGGAGCUAUCAUACAACAAAUGAAACAAAUGGUGGAGAUUUAUAUCAGACUUGCUGAGCUGGAAACAAAGAGAGAGGUACCUGUAGUGACAGCUACAAUAUCAAUUGAUCGUAGUUGUCAGUAUCAUGAAGGCACUUUUCCUUACUUCAAAGGACUAGCAGAUUCAGUUAUGAUAAUGAAUGGUAUAAAUGCUCCAAAAGUGGUUGAAUGCUUGGGUUCUAAUGGCUGCAGAUAUCGGCAACUUGCAAAAUCUGGAAAUGAUGACCUAAGACAGGAUGCUGUAAUGGAGCAAUUCUUUGGUUUAGUUAACACAUUCCUGAGGAACCAUCAAGAUACAUGUAAAAGAAGGCUAGGAGUACGGACUUACAAGGUUGUUCCUUUUACUCCAAGUGCUGGUGUUCUUGAGUGGGUUAAUGGAACCCUUCCUCUCGGUGAAUAUCUUAUAGGGAGCAUGAGAAAUGGAGGUGCUCAUGGUCGCUACGGAAUAGGAGAUUGGGCAUUCCUUAAAUGUCGAGAGCACAUGGCAAAUCCGGCUGAGUGGUUUGAAAAGAGACUUGCUUAUACCCGAAGUGUUGCUGCUAGUUCUAUGGUUGGAUAUAUCGUGGGCCUUGGAGAUCGACAUUCGAUGAAUAUUUUAAUUGAUCAGGCCACUGCAGAGGUCGUUCACAUAGAUCUUGGUGUUGCUUUUGAACAAGGCUUGAUGCUUAAAACCCCAGAACGGGUUCCAUUUAGGCUUACAAGAGACAUAAUUGAUGGAAUGGGUGUAACUGGAGUAGAGGGGGUUUUUCGAAGAUGUUGUGAGGAAACACUAUCUGUCAUGCGGACAAACAAAGAAGCAUUGCUGACGAUUGUGGAAGUUUUUAUCCACGAUCCUCUCUAUAAGUGGGCUUUAUCUCCUCUGAAAGCUUUGCAGCGUCAAAAGGUACGGUGCCUGCAGGAUUUGGACGAUGAUUUUGAUACAAGUUUGGAGGAACCACAAAAUGAUUACCAAGGAAACAAGGAUGCUACACGUGCACUUCUACGCGUCAAGCAAAAGCUAGAUGGGUAUGAAGAAGGUGAAAUGCGAAGCAUCCAUGGGCAGGUGCAACAACUCAUCCAAGAUGCAAUUGAUUCUGAGCGAUUGUGUCAAAUGUUUCCUGGUUGGGGAGCUUGGUUGACAAGGGUUGGUGGUUCCCAUCGUUCAAACAUGGGUGGCAAAUUGCCUAAGGUGUCGUCCAUGGGUGGAAAUUCAAUAAGAUACGGGGGUUGGCACCACUAG